UGUGUUGUUGGCCCAAAAACUUGAAGAUACGACACGACCUGGUGAAUUUUGGACUUCUGAUUAUUAAAAGUUAGAACUUUAAAAGGUACUGAUAUUCGCAAAAAGUUUAUCUGUUCGGAUGAGUUUUUUGUAACAUGUGAGUGUAAUGAUAGAUGGCUCCGUUUAGUCGUGCCCUGACUCUUCCCGCUAUUUUACAGCUGAAUUAGCAAAGCUAACCCUGUUAGCUGCUGAAAGUAUAGUGAGGGUAGUGGGAAGAGGCCGCCCACCUUCCAGGCAAGCACUAUUCGGGUAACUAGCACAGCCCUACCGACGCUGGGUAAACUCAGACUACCACAGACAGCUGGUGUUGAGCUUUUGUCGUCCUGGGAACACAGAAAGCGUUGAAACGAAACGCUAGCUGUUAGCCGAAGGUAAAGCUGAGCCGCCGCUGACCCCCUCCAAACAGACAGGAUCUGCAACUCAAGAUGUCUAAAAGCGAGACAGAAGAGUUGAUAGAAAUCGAGAUUGAUGAACGGGAGAAACAGGCCUGCCUAGAAGAAGGCAUUGAGGAGCAGACCAUCACAGCUUCUGAUUUGAUUCAGCAAGAUAUUGACAUCAAUGAGCCCAUUGGCAAUCUGAAGAAGCUUUUGGAGCCUCGCGUCCAAUUCUGUCUGGAUGGAUUUGACAUCUGCUUACAAGACAUUCAGCUUCACCCGGAUCACAGCCUCUUCGAUCAGGGGGUAAAGACGGACGGCACAGUGCAACUCAGCCUGCAGAUCGUUGCCAAACCAGGGGAGGAAAAGCUGAACAUCCUGGAAAUAGUGAAGCCGGUAGAAACAGUAGAAGUUGUGAUUGACCCGGAUGCGGCGGGAGAAGAUGGGUCGUUGGUGGAGGAGGGACAGCUCAUCGCAGUAGAGCGGUCCUCCCUGUCCGAUGAGACGUCGGAGCAGGUGACACGCUGGGCCGCAGCGCUGGAAGGUUACCGCAAGGAGCAGGUUCGGCUUGGAAUACCGUACGAUCCUUUGCUCUGGACAGCUGACCAGGUGAUCCACUGGGCUGUGUGGGUCAUGAAGGAAUUCAACAUCGAUGAGAUGGAGAUCGGCAGCAUCCACAUCCCUGGCCGAGAGCUCUGCAGUUUCAGCCAAGAGGAGUUCCUUCAGAAAGUGCCAAACGGAGAGAUACUGUGGAGCCACCUGGAGCUGCUGCGCAAAUACGUGUUGGCCAGUCAGGACCAGUCGGGCGGGGACGCCACUGUCACUAUAGAUCAACCUGUUCAGAUAAUUCCAGCUCAAGUGAGCACGCCCACUGCUAUAAAAGUACUGAAACACAACCGGGGCCCCAGAGCGCCCAGAAUUUCAGGAGAGGAGCGCAGUUCCCCCGGCAACCGCACAGGUAACAACGGUCAGAUCCAGCUGUGGCAAUUCCUGCUAGAGCUGCUGACGGAUAAAGAUGCAAGAGACUGCAUUUCCUGGGUCGGAGAGGAGGGAGAGUUCAAGCUGAACCAGCCGGAGCUCGUGGCGCAGAAAUGGGGCCAACGCAAAAACAAGCCGACGAUGAACUACGAGAAGCUCAGCAGAGCACUGAGGUACUACUACGACGGGGACAUGAUCAGCAAAGUGCAGGGCAAGCGCUUCGUCUACAAGUUUGUGUGCGACCUGAGGACUCUGAUUGGCUAUAGCGCCGCCGAGCUCAACAACCUGGUGACGGAGUGCGAGCAGAAGAAACUGGCUCGCAUUCAGAUGCACGGCCUCGGACAGCCCAUCACCACAGUCACGCUGGCCACCACACUAGACAAGGACAGCUGAAGGAGGCCGGGGCGCUGGCUGGAAAUCAUGCAUCCCUUUAGACACAAAGCUGAUCCCCGAUCAGUGUGGAUUAAAAACUUUGUUGUACACACAGUUAAAUUCAGCUUAGACUGAGGCAGGUGAUGUUUUCUUUUAGCUUUUCACUAACUCUACCCAACAGAGGCAAGCUCAGGAUGAGGAAAGAAUGUGUUUAUAAUUACAGAUUGUCGUGUGCAUGGCUGAAUGAGUGACUGAAACUGCUAUUAGAGGCUUGGUGUUGUGCGCUUCUUGUCUGUAAUCCACUGUAUAUACAAAUAUGUCGUGUUUUUUGAUAGCCACGAAGGCAAGUGUAUUUUCAUAAGACCCAUUUUGUAUUUUAUUUAGUGCGUUUCCCUGAAGUGCUGGACCCUUUUUUUGUCCACUAGAGGGGAAUAAAGUGACAAACAUUUUCUAUCA